GUUCUCUGUUCCAAUAUUCUUGUUCAUUACCCCGUGUUUUUCGGGAUCGUUAACUGUCUUUUCAUUGAAGAUGAACUGAUAACAUGGAUAAAGACAAUACUAUCACACGAGAGGAAAUAUUGACAGAAAAACGCGGACAUCGAUUUUCUAAUUACGGGUUUUCUGUUAUAAAAGUUAAUAGCUAUGAUUGUAAGUGGGGAUUUUUUUUUAUCUGUGAGCAUAAAUAAUAAAUAGAGUGAAUAUCUGCAGAACAAACGACAAAGUGUUAACUUUUAACAGAAGAGAAAUAUUUGCACCAGAAAUAUUUUGUUUUAUAUAUAACCGCAGUCAUCUGCAGAAAAAAAGUUAAUAUUUUAUGGACUAAAUGCAUUUGAGUAUUUCGGUCACGUAUUAGUUAACAGUCACUUACAGUCGGGAAUAUAGGUGAAGAAAAUGCGUCGAUGUAAAAUACUUAAAAGGAAAACGCGAGGUUUAGAAGGGAAGGAAACUGGGUCAUCACAAAAUGAAGUACACACUACACGUGCACUUGGAAAAUGUACAUGUGGAAAUAGCACGGGAAUUUCAUGGUGGUGGCCGUGGUUUAUUGUCGUGGUUACUGCAUGUGUAAGGAUACGUUAUGUUAUAAUGCCAGGAAAUUGGUGGAUCCUGCACCCGGAUGAGAUAUUCCAAUCUAUAGAGGUUGCAUUUUCUGAAGUGUACGGAUACGGCUUCCGUCCGUAUGAAUAUCUCCGGGCACCGGAGAAUAUCAGUAUCCCAGGUGAGGCACAGAUGUUGGCAUCCGGAAUGUACGGCCUACGUUCUCCCAUAUACCCAAGAAUGUUCAUGCUAUCCCUUAGACUUGCCAAGAUGCUAGGGCUGGACCAGAGUCCAUUCGUGGUUUGUCGAAUUUUUAACGCAGCGGUAACAUCAUUAUUGCCAGUGACUGUUUUUUGGUUUGUACAGAAACUGUUCCGCUGUCGGCUGCUUGCAUUUCUGACAUGCGCACUUGCUGCGAUUGAACAUCACCUCAUGGUUUUUGGAACGCAUACAAUAGUCAACAGCUUUAUAUCGCCGUUGGUAUUUUUAGGCUUGACUUUAUGCCUACCAAGUUAUAAAGCAACUCAAAAUGAACAAAGACAAAGUAAAGAGCUUUUCGAAAAGGAAGCAGACGUGAACGCUAACUUUGUUUCAAAACAAUCUUCAAACAAAAUUGUUCAUGUGGACACGGUAUUGCAGAAGAAGAAUCUAAGCAAUGGUGAUGUUUCUGUCACAGAGCAGGAUGGCAGUCUGGCAAAUCUUGUAACUGAUGUAAAUCGUCGUAGUUAUACUUCGAGAAAAAUAGAGAAUUCAAUUUUUAUAAAGAUGGUGGGAGGGUUUCUUCUUGGAGUCGUCUGCUACGUGAGACCAGACACUAUUUUAUUUUGCAUUGGUGUAAUCCUGCCAACAUUUUAUUCAAAGGUCUGUUUGGACAAACGACACUUAAAAGCCAUACUUUCGUCUGUUAUAGGUGGCGCUUUGGCAUGUCUGCUCUGUAUUGCAGACGACAUAUCAUGGUAUGGAUCGGGUAUAGUUUCUCCCGCGCAAUGGUUCAAAUUUAAUAUAUUAUCAGGAAAAGCAAGUGUAUUGUUCGGGACAGAAGGUAUACACGUGUAUCUACAAGUGUUUAAUGGAAGUGUUGCUAGUAUGAUCUUAAAUUUGAGUGUAGUGACUGUUUUGGUCUGCAGUUGGCUGAAACGAAAAGACUGGCCAUCAAUACCUCGGGAAUUUUGUGCAAUAUGUUUCUCACUGGUAUUUACCAUAAUCGUGUACUCAUUCGCAGAACAUAAAGAAUCGCGUUUUAUACAUAACACGAUCGUUCUUUAUCUAAUUAUUGUUUCAUACAGCGUUCAUAAUUUGACAAUAGUUCUUUCACAUAUAUUUAAAACAUCAACAUAUUCUAGUCUCGUAUCAUCCGGUUUUCUAUUUAUAUUUGCAAUAGCGUCGUACUAUCAAUUCCCAUCAGUUAAUUCUUCGUCGAUUUCCGGAUGGACAUACGGAAAUGCUAAUGAUUCUAAUGACGUCAACAUUUGCUUGGACUGGUUGCGACGUCAACAUGACGUCACAGGUGUUCGAAUCGAUGCUAGUUUAUAUGAUACGGCAGGUUUCACCACACUGAAACACGACGUGCCUUUAUUAGUGAAAAUACAUCAUGAAUUUUAUGUGUUUGAUGCUGAUAGAACAGAUAGAAAGACUCCUAUAAAUGGCCGACUUCGCAUUUUACGAGACUACAGCGAUUUUAUACAUGAGAGCAAUUCAGUUUAUUUGACAAAAUUCUUGUCCAGAAACACAAGAUUUAACUACGUCGUCACAAAACGCGGCGCAUUUUCUCUAGUCAAUACAAAGUAUUCUUAUAAGAAGGUUUUCAGUUAUGGACGAUUCCACGUCUUCUAUAGGAAUUUCAGCUCGACAAAGGAACAAGAGAUUAUGAUGUUAUCAGAAAGGCUCCCUGUGGGUGCAAAUGCAACAGUUCUUGAGUACGAAUCAAAUUGGUUAAUCACGAACGCUAUGUAUCGUUUGGCAAUUGAGAGAAGCAGACAGGCUAUGGAAAUCGAUAGCUCACGUGUAAGACUGUAUCAACAAAUGUUCGUCUGCUACUCGAAGUUAAAUGACGUAAAAGGGUUGUAUUAUUAUCAGGAAAAAUGUUUUAGUAAAUUUGGAAAGGAGGCCUGCGUUAAAAAGCAAGAUAAAGUCGUGAUUCAUGAACAUUAUAAUAAAUAUGAUUAGUCAAACUAAAUAUAAAAAUGUUUGAUAUUCAAACAAGAAUAUGUUUUCCUUAAAGUAUACUUAGAAUACUGUGUGUUUCCAUUACAGUAUUUGCUCUGUGUGCCUUGGUAUUAUGGACAAUUGGAAGAGGAAGAGGUGUUUUUCGAAAUUCUUAAUUAGGAAAGCGUGCUGGAACCAAAUGGUGAAACCCUUUGCAACCAAUACACGCACCCUUGCAGUCUGUGUAAUUUAUGAUCACUGUUUCCCCCGAAAUGGAUAAUGAUCAGUUCUAAAAUGUACGCCGGAUGAGUUCAUUUACGAAAUUCAGGCGGGUAAUGAAUUUUGUCACACGAUUAUAUUCAAGGGCCGUAACCCUUUUCUUCCUUUAUUUCAGACAAUCUCAAUUCUUUGCAUUUUGAAAAAAAACCUUUAUAAUUUAAGACAAAAAGCUUAAACCAAUACAUUUGUAUUUCCCCGCAAAGUCCAGUAAACAAUAUUUCUUUUGAUGUCCACAGUUUUAGUUAAACAUUUUCUUAGAAUUGUGUAUAUAAAUGCAAAACAGGUAUCUUCGUUUUAAUAGAAGUAAGGCAUUUGUUAAUAAAAUUUUUAGUAACAUCGGAAAAAUGACGGUUAAAGAAUCAAGACAUCUUCGUUAAGAAUCGCUAUAUAAUCAAUCAAAUUUGAUUUCUACAAACCUCUCAAAAGAGUUUUUAUCCCGAAACCAAGUGCCUAUGAUUCGGAGUACUCUUGUCUGAAGUAAAUCUUUUUUCUUAUUUAUUGUUGUUAUUGUUUACAGUGACAGUACACACGAAAUUGUAUAAUUUGAAUUCUUGAACUUUUGUUUGAUAUUGUAAUUCAGUAUCUAUUCUGUAUGUGUUUUACCCUUUAACCUACUGAACUCUCAGGAAGGAAUUGUUAUGCUUUUACUUAAAGGGACUCCACUGUAGUUAUUUUUUACUUAAAGGGACUCCACUAAAGUUUGUUUUUUUUAACUUGAAGGGACUGGAAAAUAUUUUCCGAGAUUUAUGUUUCGUUGAUGUAGAUCUUGACCAAUAAUAUGUGUGCAAAAUUUCAGAUCAUUCGCUUUCUCUGAUUUUUUUUCCAGAAUGAUUAUUCUAAUUGUGAAAAAUGACCCAAGCUAUUUUUGUGUAUUAUUUUAUCAUCUUUUGCACAUCUAUCGUUUGUAUAUAUUUCAUGUUGUAUGUGUUGUAAUCGCUGAAAAGCGGAAAUAAAGAGUAUAUAUAUCUGUUUAGUGCAUAAUUGAUAUAUGUGGAAAAAUCAACUUAAAUGUUUUUAGGCUUUUGAACUUCAGUGGAGUUCCUUUAACAUUCCAUUUAAGUGUAAAGUAUUUAAAUUUUUAAAUACUAAUAUUGAGCUACCAACAGUAUAAAUGCACGGAUAUGUUCUAUAACAAAAUGGGUGGCAAAGGCUAUUCUCUUUCGGUUCAAAUAUGUCAUAGGUUAAAUAUAUGCAUACAUGCAUGCAUAAUGCAAGAUAA